AUGGUUCUCCUCAUGAAACAUCCAAAUAUGGUUCCUCAUCUACUAAUAAUUGUUCUCCUUCUAGCCUUCAUCUCCCACGAACCUGAAGCUAUAGCACAAUUUCUAGAACCUUAUCCUUAUACUUCCCAAGUUGCACCACUAAGAAAACAUGCCGAUGCUGCUACACCACUCUAUAGCAUUCAGAUGGAGAUUGCUAUAUGGGUAUAUAUACCAGCCAUAUAUAAAAACUUCAUUAUAGACAUAGACGCUCCUUUCACAUGGCAUGACUGCACUGUAGACUGGAACAGUUGGAUUUAUGAAAGCAGCAAUUGCUUCGGUUGCACUCACCCGACUUCUUGUGAAGAGUACGCAUGCACAGAUGUCCGCACAUCUUACUCUUAUGAAAGUCCUUCAUGUCUUCCAAUAACCAACAGUUCGACAUUACCUGGUUCCGGAGACUGCAUAUGCCCUGUUAAUGUGGUGAACCCGGUUAACAAGACAUGUGGUCAUGCCCUACUCAACUAUGACACUUUCACGUUCAGGGCAAGUGAUGGUAAAAACCCUUUUUUGGAUUCCUAUGAGUGUAAUGGUAACGCGGCUUGUGCUCCAUCUUCUAUGUUUGAGUCAUUCCCUGCUAAUGUUAGUGGUGUAAUGGCAUUUUCCUCAUCUCGUAAAGCAUUGCCUGCUCUUUUAUUUCAACCUUUUAAUAACACUUUUGCUCUAUGUUUGCCUAGCUCCUUGUCUGCUCAUGGGGUUAUGUUCUUUGGGAGCGGACCAUAUUAUCUUCUUCCCAAGUCAGAUGUAGAUCUAAGAAGUUUACUCUCUUAUACUCCAUUACUAAAUCAUACCAAUUCUUUUGGUUAUUUUAUUGGUAUUAAAUCGAUAACUGUUAAGGGAAGAUCGAUUGAUGUUUCAAAAAGCACCACCAAGCUUAGUACGAUUGAUUCUUACACCAUUCUUAGAGCAGACAUUUAUAAGCAAGUGGUUCGUAUGUUUUCAGUUGCUACAUUGGGAAUCCUCCGUGCAAGGCCAGUGGCACCCUUUGCUUUUUGUUUAAAGAAUCGAAUUGGACAUUCCCUUUCGAAUUUGAAGAUGCCGGAUAUAGUAUUGAAACUCCAAGGUGGGAAGAAAUGGAGAAUAUCCUCAAGUAAUUCCAUGCAACAAGUAAGGAAAGAUGUGGCUUGUCUUGCAUUUGUUAAUGGUGGUGCGACAAGUGAAUAUGGGAUUGUGAUCGGUACGUUUCAGAUGGAAAACAAUUUUCUGCUAUUCGAUCUAGACAACUCAACUUUCGGGUUCAGUUCUUCUUUAUUAAGCCAUAAGACUUCUUGUUCGAACUUCAACUUUACCACACUUAAACAUUGA